GCACAUGCUAGAGGGCCGUGCAUUUACAAUACACACGGACCACAAACCCUUGACCUAUGCCUUUCUGCAGAAAUCGGACAAGUGUUCACCCCGGCAGGUUAGGCAACUAAAUUUUAUCGCCCAGUUUACAACAGAUAUUCGACAUAUCAAGGGCAAAGAAAAUAUUGUAGCCGACACGCUGUCGCGUGUAGAAGCAAUCACAAAUCUGCCGAUUAACUAUCUGGAAAUGGCUAGAGCCCAGGAGACAGACGACCAGCUGCAGGCGCUACUUAACAACCCCAACUCGACUGGGUUAGUGCUGAAGCUGCUGCCAAUAGAUGAUUCGGCAGCCCAGCUGUAUUGCGACGUGUCAGGAAACAAGGUCAGGCCGUUUGUUCCCAAGGAGUUUAGACGACAGGUCUUCGACUCUGUUCAUGGUCUGGCACAUCCUAGUAUCCGCGCAACAGCGAAAUUAGUAAGCGAGCGAUACUGCUGGAAGUCCAUGAGAUCAGAUGUAACCAAGUGGACGCGCGCUUGUCUCCAGUGCCAACGCUCCAAGGUGCACAGGCAUACUCGCUCAAAACCAGGCACCUUUCUCAUUCCCAGUUCCCGUUUCGAGCACGUGCAUAUAGAUAUAGUGGGUCCGCUUCCCCCGUCGCAAGGCUUUAGAUACAUCGUUACAUGUAUCGAUAGGUACUCCAGGUGGCCGGAGUGCAUUCCGGUCGCCGAUAUCUCGGCGGAAUCGAUUGCAAAAGUUUUUUACGCAAAUUGGAUAUGCCGCUUUGGCGUUCCGCUCAGAUUGACCUCGGACCAAGGACGUCAAUUUGAGUCCGACCUUUUCCACGCUUUAUCGACAACCCUGGGCAUCAAACAGAUCCGCACAACCCCAUACCAUCCAGCAGCGAAUGGAAUGGUGAUGGAAUGGUGGAACGGCUCCAUCGCACACUUAAGGCAAGCCUACGUUGCCAUGGAGGAGACGAUUGGGCAAAUGUACUCCCAACGGUCCUCCUUGGCCUUCGAACAGCAUUCAAAGAAGACAUACAGGCCGCCACUGCCGAAAUGGUUUACGGUGAAAACCUUAGGUUGCCGGGCGAAUUUUUUACUCCAAGCAGGUACAACCCCGACCCAGCAAACUUCGUCGGGCGUCUUAAAAGCACCAUGGAAAAGUUACGCCCAACACCCACCAGGCAACCAAACAGGACAACUUGUUUCGUACACGAAGAACUGAACUCGUGCCAACAGGUAUUUGUGCGCGACGACACGGUAAGGAACUCGUUACAACCAGUCUAUUUGGGUCCUUUUCGUGUUAUAUCAAGAGAUGACAAGGUUUUCACCAUCGAACAGGGCAGCCGAAAGAGAGCAAUAAACAUAGACCGGUUAAAACCGGCAUUUAUCGAGGCAAGCACAGAUACAAAGUCCGGAGGAUCGCACCUAACUUCCGAACAGCUGAAGACAGCUGCUAAGACGACAACAGGAGCGAUGAUGCCGGACGACAGACGAGCGCCGGUUGCAACCAGAUCCGGUCGACGGGUCCGAUUCAACCCGCGAUAUUUAUGACGGGUUAACCGUAAUGA